AUGCUUAGCCAGCAUCGCAUGGCCCUGACGCUGCCUGCAAGCGCAGCGCUGCGUUCCACACACCAACCUCGAGCGCCUCACGUUUCGGGGGCCUCUGGGCAAACCCUGUACCCACCAGCGCGCUCCCCGAAGCAGAGGGCGCUUGCGCUUGGUACGGCUCUUGUUGGAGCCUACGCCUUCAAACGGAUGCCAUCAUCUCGAGGCACGUCUUAUGCUGCCGCAAAGGCCACAGCCACGGUGGAAAGCUGGGAAGGACUCGCCACCGAAGCUCGGCAGACCAAAGCAGGCGAGCAGGUGCUGAAGUCCUGGGAAGACCGAGCUGCGGGCCUUAUCCCGCACACGGAUGCCAAGGUGCGCUACUUUGGUGAGGACCGAAGCAAACCUCGAGUAAAGAUCUUUCGAGAUCAGGCUGGGUGGUGUCCUUACUGCCAGAAGGUCUGGCUGCUUCUCGAAGAGAAGCAGGUUGACUACGAGGUGGAGAAAGUGCCGAUGAGAUCCUACGGUGACAAGCCCAGGGAGUUUAUGGCCCUGGUUCCGCGAGGGCUUCUUCCAGCCAUGGAGAUAGAUGGGAAGGUCAUGACAGAAAGCUUGGACAUUAUGUUCACUAUCGAAGGUGCCUUUCCAGAUCCGGAGAAGCCGAUGUUUCCGGCCUCAGGGGCGCUGCGGGAUAGAGCUGCGAAGCUUCUCAGUCUCGAGCGCCAGCUCUUUGGCGCUUGGUGUUCCUACUUGUUCCGUCCAGAAAUGCCAUUGAUUGGCGGUUCCGAGCGGGACUUCACCGGCGCGCUGGAAGCGGUCGACUCCGAGUUGGCAAAGAACACAGAGUCACCCUUCUUUCUGCCUUACCAGCACCCGACCAUUGUGGACAUGCAGUAUGUGUCCCAUGUUGAGCGCGCGGUUGCGAGCGCCAUGUAUUACAAAGGGUAUGACGUCCGCAAGAAGUUUACAAAUAUCGACAAGUGGCUCUCUGCGUAUGAGAAGCUGCCACACUACAUGGCGACAAAGAGCGACUACUACACACACUGUAUGGACAUUCCUCCUCAGUAUGGGCCGUGCUUUUCCAAUGACUCGGCUGAAGCAGUGCGGGCAAGAGAGGACAUUGAUCCCCAGAGCGCCAAGCUGCCAGCGCAGUGGCAAACCAGCAUCGAGCCUCCGACACUUGAGCAGCUCGAGAGGUCCGAGGAGGACUACCGGAUUGAGGCGGCCAUGAGGCUCAUCGAGAACGAAAAGGCAGUGACCCGAUUCUGCUGCCGUGCCGCCGGAGGGGAUGUGGGUUCGUGGGCGCGCGGCAAUCCUACGAAAUGUGAGCUUGCAGAUCCCUAUGCCAGGCCGAAUGAAGACUACUCCACCGGCGUGAACGUGGUACUUCGCUCUGUGGCCACUGCCCUUCUCAAAGGGGAUCCAAACCCCGUGCUGGGCGUCAAAGCCAGCGUCGAGAAUGAGGCAAAGAUGUCUGGAAAGGAUCUUGCAGUGAUUGCCGAUUGCAUCGGCUACCUUCGAGACCGUGUUGGAUCACCCAGAGACCUCUCCAUGCCCGCUGCAAAGCUCUUGCGCGCGCACUUGGCUGAAGCUGUAAGGCAGCUGAAAGCCUGA